AUGACUGCACACAAGGUCGAGCUCAAGACGGUCCUCGUCUACGGUCCUCUCGCCGCGCCUCUCCUUGACGACCUCCGAUCCACCUUUGACGACGUCCUGUACUACCCCAUCACGCCCUUUGCUCCUCGCGACGAUUCCGAUCCGCUCCCUACGGACGACGACUACAAGCGGGCCGACGUCCUCUUCGGCUUCCAGAUCCCGUUCAACCUCAAGGACUGGAAGCAGACGCCGCGGUUGAAGCUGUUCCAGGGCUGCUCGGCGGGAUACGGCCAUGUGACGGAUACCGAGUACUUCAAGAGUAUUCCUGAGGACGCCGACGUCAUCUUUGCGAGCGCGAGCGGGAUCCACGUCUCUACCAUCGGCGAACACGUUCUUGGAACCGUUCUCAUGCUUACGCACAAGCUCGCCUACCUCAAUGUCGCCCUGCACAACGAGCAGCGCUGGGUGCCGCACAAGGAGCUUGGAGGGCAGUUCAUUCGCGAUUUGAACACGUUGAAGGUCGGCAUCAUGGGCUAUGGGCACAUCGGCCGCGAGACGGCUCGUCUUUUCCACUCGUGCGGCUCAACCAUCUACGCCCUCACACGCGGCGGCACGCCCACGCCCGAGUCUGGCUACAUCAUCAAGGGAACGGGCGACCCGACCGGCUCACUCCCCGAGCAAUACUUCUCCACUUCUUCUCGCUCUUCCACACUUUCGUUCUUCUCGACUUGCGACGUCGUCGUCAACACCCUUCCCGACAGUCCGGCAACUCGAGGAUUCGUCGGCAAGGAGGAGUUGAAGGCGAUGAAGGGCGAUGCGAUCUACGUUAACAUUGGGAGGGGAACGACGACGGAUCAGGAUGCGUUGGUUGAAGCGUUGCAGGCAAAGAAGGGCGAAGACGAGGAUGAGAGUGCGACGGGCACUCUGCGAAUCGGUGGCGCAAGCCUCGACGUCACGACUCCCGAACCCCUCCCUUCCCCUCACCCUCUCUACACCCUCCCAAACGUUGUUCUCACCCCGCACAUGUCCGGCCUCUCGCGGCUGUACAUGAACCGUUGCGUCGACGUCCUCAAGGUCAACACUGAGCGACUACGGAAAGGUCAGGGAGCGUUGAACGCUUUCAGGGGCAGGGGAGAGGAUGAUUAG